CGUACUUCUAUGAUGAUGCCACUCUGCCACAGUUUCCGACCAGGAAUUUAGCUUGCACACAGUUGGAAGGACUGCAGGGCCUGAAGGAGCGGCCGAACCUCGACCCUGCUAGCCAGCUUGAACUGGAAACCUCAAUAGCACCUGGACCUUUGCUCAGGUGCUUAAGGGACCACCAUCAUGCCGCCAUACGGCGAGUGUGACUAUUGGGAUGAGCGCUACACGCGCGAGCCCGCGGCCUUCGACUGGUACCAGGGUUACUCAGGGCUGAGCGCCAUCCUGCGGCAUGUCUUCCCGCUCGACGCCUCGCUCCUGCACUUGGGCGUGGGCAGCUCGCGGCUUCAAGAGGAGAUGGCGCGGGCGGGAUGGCAGCACAUUGUGAACGUGGACUACUCCAAAGUGGCCAUCAAGCACAUGGCGGAGCUGCACAAGAGCCUGCCGCAGCUGGAGUACCGCGUGGCGGACGUCAGGUCCAUGCCCGAGUUUGCGGACAAGUCCUUUGACGGCGUGCUGGACAAGGGCACGCUGGACGCCAUCCUGUGCGGCGAGGGCAGCGCCGUGCACGCGGCCGCCAUGGUGAUGGAGGCGUUCCGGGUGCUCAAGCCCUGCGGCGUGCUGAUGCUGGUCACGUACGGCGACCCGCUGUCGCGGCUGCCGUACCUGAACAAGAUCCCGGACUGGGACGUGUCCGUGCUGGCGCUCACCAAGCAGGAGGUGGUGGAGGCACUUGACGCGGAGCCCGUGGUGCGGCCACUCAUCAAGGGCCCCUACCCCGCCACGAACCUAGACUGCAUGGACGCUCUGAGCGGGCUGGAGGGCAUGCACUUCGUGUACAUAUGCCGCAAGCGGGGCAGCGCCGAGCCACACGCGGCAGCAGCAGCAGGAGCAGCGGCAGCGGCACAGGAGCGGGAGGCGGCAGGGGCGGCGGAAUCCCGGCGACAGAGCCACGACGCACGCGGCAGCCCGGCGCCUUCGGACGCACCUGUCGAAGACGGGCGGAGAACGCGUGGGAUGGAUGAGGAGGAGGAAGUGGAGGAGGCGGGCGGGGGCGGCAAGGAUGAGGGUGCGUCUUCAAAGACUCCGCCACCUGAGGCGCCUGCGGCUGCGGCGGCAACGCCAAGAGGAGAUGCAGGGCAAGCUUAGGGCGCUGAGAGGAUUACGCAUGCAUGCAGCAUGUACGAUACACGCAACCCAGCAGUGUAUGGGCUGCCAUCUCAGCACCAUUCGGUCUCUGUGAACCAGGGCCUUGGAGUCAUGGGUGCUCGCUCUUUAGCAGGCAGGUGCAUGAGGAAUUAUCUAAUUGUGAUGUUGGCUACAUACUGUCAUGGGAUGGACUUGCAUCUAGGGUACUACCGGAUAUAACUGGUUUCAGGCCUUCAGGGCCGCCCGUCGGGCAGUGAAAUGCCGCAGUGAGCACGGCAUGGGUAGAUGCAGGCUGUCCAUGAAGGGAAGCUAGCUGAAGAUCUGAAACGCGCGGUCUUUCUUUACACCCAUGAGGACAUUGCAGUGCAUGUGAGUUGCUUACGUGUGGUCACAGCCCGGCAUACAUGGCUGUUGUGCUUGGGCCGGGCUGCUGUGAGGACCAAAGCCGCGGAGCCAUGCCUACUGUACGGGCGGUAUAGCAUGCGCGAUGGCCUAGCUUGGACUGGGGAACUCGACUCUUUUCUGAAUCGAGCAACAUGUGCCCGCGUUGCGAGGUGGUGAUACUGUAUGAAGAGGCAGGGGAGGUACGGGGCUUGACUGGGUGCCACGAUUGCGCCACAUCAAUGGACUAAAUCGAGGUGCAUAAAAUGUUUGAUACACCCAGGGGGGCGUGCCCGAAGGCUCAGAAUCUUACCGCAUGCUUCAUGUCAUAGAGCUCCAAGACAGCAAUUUGCACGUGCUUUGAGGGGGGGCUGGUGAGGAAGGUUUGGUCCGUUGAAGUUGGGGGGUCGGUCGUCGUCCUUGGGGGUCCCCGGGUUUCGGGAGAGUGUCAUAGGCGUGUCAUGACCCCCCAAUGCAGGUUAGGGCCAACACAACGUGAUGCAAACAUGCUUGCAGUGCCACAACAUACGCAUAUGAAGCAUGGGGAGGUCCGCUCCUGCGUCGUGGCUGGGACAUGUCAAGACAUGUCGGUACUUGCGCUGUAGGAUGCCAGGGUCCCCCCGCUGAUUAUACCCUUGAAAGGCGUUGCUGCUGUUGCGUUGUGUUACUUGCUAAUGGAAACGGUUGAGUGUGGAACGCUGCCGAAUGGGAUAGCUCUGGGUCUUUCACCGGAUGGAAUCGUAUGCCAAAGUCGUGUGGAGCCCCCCCCCCAACGACACACCGUGAUACGCCCGUCCAGAGGAGUCGAUUGGCACUACUGGUCGAGUGGAAAUAAACCCCUUUUCA